AUGUCUUCCACCACGAACCAACCAAGCAACCCCUCGGGCCAAACAGGCCAACUCGCCAACUGGAUCCACUCGACCAAAAUCUCAGACAUCCCCCCAGAAGUCCUCGAACGAGCCAAGUACCUGAUCCUCGACGGCAUCGCCUGCUCUUUUGUGGCAGCACAUCUACCAUGGUCCGAAAUUGCCGCGAAAGCAAUUUUCAAAAUGGAUCCCCAAGGCCAAUGUACGGUCAUCGGAUGGGGAGAUCGUAAAUUGCCGCCUUUGUCGGCUGCGUUGCUGAACAGCACGUUCGGGCAGGGUUUCGAGUUGGAUGACUACCACUCUCGAGCGCCGCUGCAUUCGAAUUCGUUGCUGCUGCCGGCGUUGUUCGCGGCGAGCGAGGCGGAAGAAGGCGAUAAAUUCUCUGGGCUGGAUUUCUUGAAGGCGUAUGUUGUUGGCUGCGAGGUUGGGCCAAGAGUUGGUCUCGCUCUUCACGGAGGGGAUUUGCUUUCAAGAGGCUGGCAUAGUGGUGCUGUUCAGGGACCUUCUGCAACAGCCGCCGCGGUGUCUUCGUACCUGGGCUUGAAUCCACAGCAGAUUGAGUGGGCUUUGGGGACUGCAUGUACGCAAGCCGGAGGUCUGAUGUCUGCACAGUUCGGCAGUAUGGCCAAGCGUAUGCAACACGGCUUCGGUUCGAGGAACGGUCUCUUCGCUACCCUACUAGCACGAGAGAACUACACCGGCAUCGAAGAAGUCUAUGAACGCCCAUACGGCGGCUUCCUCUCCAUGUUCAGCGAAGGCGCCAGCAAAUCUCCCAAAUCCCUCCCCGACGAAAUCUCAAGCGAACUCGGCACCCGCUGGGAAAUCCACAACAUCCGAGUCAAACUCCACGCCGCCAUGGCCGCCCUGCACUCCACCAUCGACGCCGUCGAGAACCUCCAAAAAGCCCACCCAUCCCUCUUCGAAACCAAGAACCUCUCCAACAUAACCUCCGUCACCACCAAACACGCCAAAGCCGCCUACGAACAUGGAGGAUGGAUCGCGCCCAAGGACAAACCUUUGACCAGCACCGCCGCGCAAAUGUCCAUCCAGAAUGCCGCGGCGUCGCAGCUCUACGACAGGGAAGUCUUGAUGUCGCAAUUCGGCGCCUCGAAACUCAACCGUCCCGAAAUCCGCGCCAUGAUGGAAAAAGUCCACCCAAAGCACGACGCCUCCAUCGACGCACAAGGCGACGCGCUGUUCACGACGAAGAUCUCUAUCAAAUUCGCGGAUGGCACGGAAGUCAAGGAGGAGGUGAAAGCGCCGAAAGGGAUUUCGCCGCCGGCGAGCAAUGAGGAUAUUGUCGAGAAGUGGAGGGGACUCGUGAGGGGGAUUUUGGAUGAGGGGAGGAGGGAGGAGAUUGAGAAGACGGUGCUGGGGUUGGAAGGCGUGGGGGAUGUGAGGGAGCUGAUCAAGUUGCUGGCGGGGGAGGUGAAGUGUCCGAUUGAUGUUUGA